UCCAAACUGCAGCCGAUCGACUUGUCAACAGUCAUGGCUCUGCUGCAUGGAACAAUCUUCAAACGCGGGGCAGACCCAAUUCUCCAAGUUUUGGAUACGUCACGACAUAUGCUCCAGAUAGAUAUAUAUAUCACCCUAUAACCCCGGUCUGUCUCCCUCCUAUCUUCUACUGAGUACUCCAAUCAAUAUCACCACCACUGCACACAAAAUGCCCGGAGUUCUCACCCAAACCCUCGCCGUCAGCGACGGGCCCCUCACCUCCGAAAACGCCGCCCUCCUACGCCCCUCCGACCCCAAUCUCCCCCUCGACGAGCUCCGUGCCCGCUUCGACGCCGACGGCUACCUCUUCCUCAAACAAGUCCUCCCCCGCGAAGACGUCCUUGAAGCCCGUCGUCAAUACUUCUCCUACCUUGCCCCCACCGGCGUCCUCAAGACAGACAGCGACCCCGUCCACGGCAUCUUCAACCCAGACAAAACCCCCGACGACUUCCCCGGCAUUGGGGCUGGCGCGGCUGCUGGUAACGGCCGGCCGGGCGGGGAGAGCGCCGCGGAGUUCGUCGAUCGCGCCAUCGAGGCCCACUACAAGGACUGGUAUGCCGAGAAGCUGGUCCAGCAUCCGGCGCUGUAUGCCUUUAUUGCCAAGUUCACUGGGUGGGGGGACAAUACGUUGACCUUUAAGCGGACGCUGCUGAGGAAUAAUAUCCCCGAGACGAAGCCCAUUGGGGUCCAUUAUGACCAAAUCUUUAUCAGGCAUGGGGAGCCCACGGCUGUGACGGCUUGGGUGCCGAUUGGGGAUAUCAAGUUGAGUGGUGGGGGAUUGAUUUACUUGGAGGAUAGUGAUGUCGUGGGCCAGAAGAUUGAGAAUGAAUUCACAGCCAAGGCCCUGGCAGCGGGCAUGACGGAGGAAGAAGCUAAAUACGCCUUCAAUUCGAAUAUGAUGUCCACGGGCAUGUUGUCGGAGAAUCCGGCCGAGUUUGCCAAGGAGAAUGGCCGGCGUUGGUUGGUUGCGGAAUACGAGGCGGGGGAUGUGGUGCUGCAUAAGCCUCACAUGAUUCACGCAUCGACGGUGAACAAUGACCCGGAUAGAGUGAUUCGGUUGGCGACGGAUCUGCGUUUUGCAGACUCAUCCCGGCCGUAUGAUAAGAGAUGGAUGAACUUUUACCGAUUUAAUGACGGUGUUUAAUUGGUCACAUUGGACAAUUGCAAUGAUUGAUUUAAUCUAAACAUAAUUCUUAUGACAGACAUGACAUGAUCCUUCCAUCUGCUUACUCCCAUCCAUCACCCUGCUUUCUGCUCUCAUCUACUCCGUAGUAGAGAUAUCAAACGUACAAUGACAGAUCCUAAACCCUUCGUCAGCUACCACACUUCCAGUGCAGAACGAUACCUACUGCUGAUCAUCACAGAACCCUCCUGUCCACCCACCACCCUGUUCAAUGCACUAACCCUUGAAUUAGUCUCUCUCCUUGACACCGAACAAAAGCAACAAGCAGCCUACCGUAUUCCGACAGGCAAGAUUGGCAAUGCUAUCCCCGCCACGGAUCUGGCACGAGGUGGAAUUGCUCAGCAUGAUUUCCAUGAGGGCAGCCAGGGCGGGCAGACCCAACCCGAGGCAGGAGUAGAGGGUGACUAGGGCGGUUUUCAUCGUGGUGUAGAUGGCUUCUAGUUGGUGGCUAAGAACUAGUGGAUGUUGGCGGUGGUGGAUGUCUACCAGAGAGAUGGCUGCAUUCUGUGAGGGAUCUGCAGAGGGGAUUACUUGGAUUGAAGCUCGUGCAUGGCUGCGGAUGGUCCGGUGCUACACAGCACGAUCUGCUAUCGAUAUGGCGAGGGAUACUCGG